AGUAGAGGAAGUGUUGUAGGAGAAGCACGGAAGCAGAGUUUGUUCAACACACUCCUGAACAUUCAGGGGAUGGCUUCGACUUUUAGUCUCCUGUCAGAGAAGCACUUCCUGUGCUCACUGUGUGAGGACAUCUUCAGCAGUCCAGUCACAACACCAUGUGGUCACAGCUUCUGUAAAGUGUGCCUACGUAAAUACUGGAGCCAAUCCGGCGCGGGCAAAUGUCCUCUAUGCAGAAAGACCUUCGUCUCCAGACCUCACCUCAAUGUGAAUCGCAUACUGGCAGACGUUACAGAGCAGUACAGGAAAUCACGGCUAGAUGGAAUAGCAAAGUCCGUCAGUGUGGGUGGACUUUUAAAUGAGCCGGUAGAGAAAACACAAGCAGAGGUGGAUCACAUGAUCAAAGAGAGGGUUCAGAAAAUGGAUAAACUCAAGCAGUCUCUUAAAGUGCUAAAGAGCUCGUGUCUGCGUGAGGUGCAGGAGAGUCAUAGGGUCUUCUCUACCCUCCUCAGUGCGGUGGAGGCAGCACACAAAGCAGUGGUGGCAGAGGUGGAGGAGAAACAGCAAGAGGCUGAGAAUCGAGUGGACCGACUCGUCAAGGAACUGGAGAUUGAGAUCACUGAGCUGGAAAGUAGACAGAUGACACCAGGGGAUCUUCUAGAUAGCAAGGAGUAUCUGAGAAAGAGCUUCAUUCAUUUACCCAGAGAGAUGAGGGACUGGUCAAAGGUCACACUAGAGACAGAACCAUGUGUGGGAUUUGCCAGGAAAGCUGUGACUGAUUUCAUAAACGCUGUCAGGACAGAAGAAAAGAAACUCUCUAAAGCAGAGCUGAAGCGGUUACAGAUAUACACAGCGGACAUCAGACUGAACUCUCGCACGGCUCACCCCCAGCUCUUCAUCUCAGACGACAGGAAGCAGGUCAGACACACUGACAAGCAGCAGGAGGUCCCAGAAAAUCCCAAAAGGUUUGACCGCGUGACCAAUGUGUUGUCUAAGGAAGCCUUCAUUUCAGGUAGAUACUACUGGGAAGUAGAUGUAGGAGACAAGACAGACUGGGACCUCGGUGUGGUCAAGCAGACUGUUAACAGGAAGGGGAAAUUUACCGUCAGUCCUGCAAACGGCUUCUGGACGCUCAGCUUGAGAAACGGGAAUCAGUACAUGGCCAACACACUGCCACCGACCUGUCUGGCUCUCAAAUCUAAAACUAGAAAGGUGGGCAUUUAUCUGGACUACAACGGGGGACGUGUGUCCUUCUUCUGUCCUGACUCAGGGAUUCAUAUCCACACCUUUACAGACAAGUUUACUGAAAGACUCCAUCCUAUUUUUAACCCCGGACGACCGCAUGGAGGCAAAAACGCUGAGCCGCUCAUCAUCACCACUAAUUCCUGUAUUAUCUAAACCGGUCUGUGUUAUUACUGUGUUAUUACAAUUUAACCCUUUAAUGAGCUCUAAGGAACUCUGUGUUAAAUUAAAUAUACAAUCAAUUAAAUUUGAUCAAUUAUAAUCAUCAAUAAAUCUAAUUGAUUUGAUUUGAUUUGAUUGUGCUUAUGAAGGAUUGUACUUUGAUUUAUAUUAUAAUUUUUC